CCUCUCCCAGCGUCCCGCCCCGCCUUGCUCCGCCCCUGACACCGGGUGCAGCCUCGCUGCCACCACCCCAGCACCUUCCUCUCUGCAGCCACGUCAGCCGCAUCCAGUGAUGGGGAAACUGGCGGCAGCGGCCUUGGGGGCCGAGGUGGGCGUACGGAUCGCGCUGUUUGCGGCCUUCCUGGUAACAGAGCUGCUCCCGCCCUUUCAGAGGCUCAUCCAACCCGAGGAGAUGUGGCUUUAUCGGAAUCCGUACUUUGAAGCAGAGUAUUUCCCUACCAAGCCGAUGUUUGUUAUUGCAUUUCUCUCUCCGCUGUCUCUGAUCCUCCUGGCCAAAUGUCUCAAGAAGGCAGACACAGCAGACAGCCAACAAGCCUGCUUGGCUGCCAGCCUUGCUCUGGCUCUAAAUGGUGUCUUUACCAACACAGUAAAACUGAUAGUGGGGAGCUCCACCUCAGCCCCUCCCGGGACACCUGUGCACUUUUAUGCUCAGACCAGCAUCUCCCACAGACACGGAGUGCGCACCCCAAAGCAUCCCCAGAAGCUGCAGUUUGACUCGCUCUUUGCCCUAAAAAAGCCCCGCCCAGACUUCUUCUACCGCUGCUUCCCCGAUGGCCAAGCCCACCCUGACUCCGUGUGCACUGGCGAUAAGGACGUGGUCAACGAGGGCCGGAAGAGCUUCCCCAGUGGACAUUCUUCCUUCGCGUUUGCUGGUCUGGCCUUUGCCUCCUUCUACCUGGCAGGGAAGCUGCACUGCUUCACGCCACGAGGCCGAGGAAAAUCUUGGCGGUUCUGUGCCUUUCUGUCACCCCUGCUCUUGGCAGCUGUGAUUGCCCUGUCCCGCACCUGUGACUACAAGCAUCACUGGCAAGACGUCCUGGUUGGAUCUGCCAUGGGCCUGACCUUCGCCUACAUCUGCUACCGGCAGUACUACCCUCCCCUGACGGAUGCUGAGUGCCACAAACCACUGCAGCGCAGCCCUGCUCUCCCCACCACACAGAAGCAGCCCGGCGACCCUUACCAUUUUGCUGUUUAGAAACUGGAGCUGCCUCCACGGAGAACAGGGCAGCAUCCACAGCAUACAGAAGUUCCCAGGCUAAGGGUUGAGUCCAAGUUGCAUCUGCGACCUACACCACAGUUCACGGCAAUGUCGGAUCCUUAACCUACUGAGAUGGAACCCGCAUCCUCAUGGAUACUAGUUGGGUUCAUUACUACUGAGCCACAGCGGAACUCGUGUUAGGCGUAUCUUAUCCAAGUCCAGCCAAAUACUGCUCUCCAUUUUGAAUACUGUGAAAAUGACUCAGUAACUCAACAAAUCAUCACAUCAGUUAACACAAUAAAAAAAGAAAGAAAAUGGUCAGGAGUGUGGUUUCUGUACUGAGAGUGAUCCUUUGUUCUGAACUGUGCUCGCGGCCUUUCCGUCCAAUCACAAAUGCACCAACGCUGCCAAGCGGCCACGGCAGGAGAGGAGAACCACAGACGCCAUUCUCUGGAGGACACAUGCUGCCUCUCCUGCCCUUCCUCACAGUGGCUGCAGCGAACAAAGGACGGGACAUCAUCGGAACUGAUGCGCCACACCCUGCAACUGCCUUUGUCUUUAUUGCGAUUAUACUUUAGAUAUGACCUUGUUUUGUGUAUUUCUUUCUAUAGCAUUUUCAGUGUAUCUUUCUCCCUUAGUAAAUACGAUAUUCAAAU